GGUUAUUGAGAAAGAGAAAUAAACAGCGUGAACCAAACACACCACUUCCCAAACGAAAGUGCAGACCAGACCAGAGACGCCGCUUUGGGCCGCGAUCGGUUUGAACCUUCCGCCGCCGCCACCGCCACCGCCACCACCGCCGCCGCGACUGGUGUUUUCUGUCCGAAUUCCAUCUGUUCAUUGCUUUCCCUUAACCCUUCUUUGGAGAUGGGGAAAGACGACCAAGCAUCGGCUAUGGAAAUUGACGAUCCGAAAUCGAACGCUUCUGAUCAGACUACACCUAAGUUCUCUAUAAACGUGUUGCAGCUUUUGAAAUCUGCUCAAAUGCAACAUGGAUUAAGGCAUGGGGACUACACUCGCUAUCGGAGGUAUUGCACAGCCCGAUUGCGGAGGUUAUAUAAAUCUUUGAAGUUCACCCAUGGCCGUGGGAAAUACUCUAAAAGACCCAUAACUGAAUCUACUGUAACUGAAGUAAGGUUUCUUCAUCUGGUUCUGUAUACAGCAGAGAGAGCUUGGAGCCAUGCCAUGGAAAAGAGACAGCUUCCUGAUGGUCCAAAUGCACGUCAGCGGAUCUAUUUGAUUGGUAGGCUGAGGAAGGCAGUUAAGUGGGCUACCCUGUUCUCGCAGUUGUGUGCAGUCAAGGGAGAUUCUAGAACAUCUUUAGAAGCUGAGGCAUAUGCCUCCUUUAUGAAAGGAAACUUGUUGUUUGAACAAGACAAAAAUUGGGAUACAGCAUUGAUGAAUUUCAAAAGUGCCAGGGCUGUCUAUGAGGAACUUGGGAAGUAUGGAGACUUAGAAAAUCAAGUUUUGUGCCGUGAGCGGGUUGAGGAACUAGAACCUAGUAUCAGGUACUGCUUGCAUAAGAUUGGCAAGUCAAAUCUGCAAGCCUCUGAUCUUCUACAAAUAGGUGAGAUGGAAGGUCCAGCUCUAGACCUUUUUAAGGCUAAAUUGGAGGCUGUUAUGGCGGAGGCAAGAUCUCAGCAGGCUGCUUCAAUGACAGAGUUCCAUUGGCUUGGUCAUAGGUUUCCGAUCUCCAAUGCUAAAACACGUGUUUCCAUUUUAAAAGCUCAAGAACUGGAGAAAGAUAUACAUGGUCCAGCAGCUGAUUCACUCCCAGCAGAGAAAAAACUAGCUAUUUUUGACAAAAUUUUUACUGCAUAUCAUGAGGCCAGGAGCUGCAUUCGUAGUGACUUGGUCAGUGCAGGUAGCUCUGAAAAUGCAAAAGAUGACUUAAAUGGUCUUGAUAAAGCUGUUAGUGCUGUAUUGGGUCAAAGAACCAUUGAACGCAACCAGUUGUUGGUUAGCAUUGCAAAGAGUAAACUUAGUAAGCUACAUGAUGGCAAAAAUGAGAAAGCUACCAAGCCUGAGGAGCUUGUUCGAUUAUACGAUCUCUUAUUACAGAAUACUGCUGAUCUUUGUGACUUAGUCAGUUCUGGAAGAGACAGGAAGCCUGAAGAAGUAGCAUUUGCUGAAGAGUGUGAGCUUAAAAGUUUGGCCUUCAGAGCGGAAAGGUGUUUCUUUUUGGGUAGAUCAUAUAGCUUAGCUGGUAAGAGGGUGGAAGCGUAUGCAUUGUACUGCAGGGCUCGCUCUCUUGCUGAGAAUGCCUUGCAGAAAUUCCAAGCUGCGAGUAAUGCUGAUCAGAUAAUGAUCAAAGAGUUGAAGAAGUUGUGUGAGGAAUGCAGAUCCAACAGUUGCAUAGAGCAUGCAGCAGGGAUCAUGGAAGAACUGAAGGCCCCUGAAAAUCUCUCUAAAAAGAUCUCGAAUAUAUCAUUAACUGGAACUAACAAGAAGUUGGAGAAAUUCCUACUUGAGAAACUGGAGACAUAUGAGUCUGCAGUUGGAGAUUCAAGUGCAAAAAAUGUUCCACGAAUCGAAGCCUUCCCUCCUGCCUUCCAAGCAAUUCCCCGCAACCCUAUAGUUCUGGAUCUUGCCUACAAUUUCAUUGAUUUCCCAUCCCUUGAAAAUCGGAUGAAGAAAGACAAAAAGGGUUUCAUUAGUAGGCUUUGGCGGUGAGUUCCCUUGUGAGUUUUUAUGGACAUUUCAGUCACUUUCAUGCUCCUAGUUGAGGAAUUUUGAUGACCAUUUAUUUUAUCUUCUUUGUGUUGAUCAAUCUACUCAAUUGUAAUGAUAUAGUUUGGAUAUGCAAAUUUUGGACAUACUGAUUCUGAUAUUAGCAGCAGACUGGAAAAGCAUUCACCUCA